CCUACGCAGGUCUGCAACCACUCGCGGGCGCUCGAGCUGUGGAACAAGUUUCUGUGCGUGCUCAAGGGACGGGUGUGAACUGCCGCAGAGUUCUAGACAGCUGCGGUCGGACCAUUCUUGCGUUGAGUGGUGGGUAGAGUGUUGGCGUUUCAGUCAAAGAUCAUAGUGGGUGGGUUUACGAUGGCUAUUCGUUGGUGGAGAUGCAGCUGCGUUUGUUUGUUGAUGACUGACCCACCAAACGGACUAUUCGUGGAAUUCGAUUGUCUCCUUGGUCUUGUGAGCAGGACAGUCAGGCGUUGCCAGAAUCAGCGUCCGUCUUGCUGUCCUGCAUGCAUGUGGAUGUCGUCUCCCACGUUCACGAGCCAAACAAAACUCAACGACGAAAAGCGACAAAUUAAUAGUCCGGCUUUUAGGAUGACUAGCUUCUCAAGUUCGAGGUACACCCACUCAGCACUGUGCAUGUGGCACUCAGUUCCACCAAAAUCACGUUGGCUCUCGCGGAGCUUUGAAUACCUGCGAAAGAUCGACUAUCAUAGGCGUCUCGAAAAGAGCAUGACGAACCUACAUCACCUCCUGCUCUCUGCUUUCAAAAGCACGCCCGUUGGAGCAUCGUUGACUCCAGACUCGAUCAAACAUCAGACUUCAUCGAAGUCCAUGAGCUAUCCUCGUUCACUGAGAGCAUGCCGACCUUCUCUCAUGUCCAACGUGAUCUCCGUACCUGAUUUGCUCGCCAUCAAAGGAUUGCUCAUGUGGGAAUAAUGAGAAGGCACGACUACGUCUUUGGGUCCUUCUUCGACGCUUGCAACAUUCAUGUCGCACGCUUGAGGCGCCCGAGAACACUGAAACGUAAACAUCGUCGAGUGGCUUCUU